CGGAAGUGAUGACGUGUGCCGGGGCUAGUGGAAAAAAAAAAAACAAGCAUAGAAGCGUAAGCAGCUGAUUGCCGAUCUAUUAGCAAUCGAUUGCCGAGCUCAGAUCGGUGACAGCCAUAGGAUCUAGAGCCAUGGAGGCUCUUUACCAUCAAAGCAACAAGCAUGUCCAUGAAGUUCAGAGUCAGAUGGGACGCCUGGAGUCAUGUGACAAGCAGUCGGUUCAUCUUGUAGAAAACGAGAUCCAAGCCAGAAUAGACCAGAUCUUCAGUAACCUGGAGCGUCUAGAGAUUUUGUCUAGCAAGGAGCCUCCUACCAAGCGGCAGAAUGCCAAACUGCGAGUGGAUCAGCUGAAAUAUGACGUGCAGCAUUUACAAACGGCACUGCGAAACUUUCAGCAUCGACGCUACGCCCGAGAGCAACAGGAGAAAGAGCGAGAGGAGCUGAUGACACGUUCCUACACCACCAAUGAUUCAGAGACCUCAAUACACAUUGAUGAGACCCUCCAAUUUAAUUCAUCCAUCCGUAAUGCUCACCAAGGGAUAGACGACCUUCUGGGGAGUGGGACCAGUAUACUGGAUGGGCUGAGGGACCAAAGGAAGACCCUAAAGGGAACCCAGAAGAAGAUCCUGGAUGUAGCAAACAUGCUCGGCCUCUCCAACACGGUUAUGCGGCUGAUUGAGAAGCGAGCAUUCCAGGACAAGGCGAUCAUGAUCAGUGGGAUGGUGGUGACCUGCGUCGUAAUGUUUCUGGUCUUCAAAUACCUGACAUGAGAUGGAGGAUUAACCCUCUGCUCCCCGGACUGUGCCUCGGCCUCCUUUCUGUGCCCCCACCCCCACCUCCUCAUUGUGAAA